CUUCUUGUAAAAUCAGUGACAGUACAAUGAAAUUCAUCGUCUUGGGACUGUGAAGAAAUGAAAAUUGUUAUUGGCCACUUGCUUGGCCUAGCUCGCCUAUAAGAUUUCAUAUGCCUGUAGUUAUGAGAGAUUUAAAUGAAACUGUGUGUUUAACUGGAAAAUUACCUCAAAAAUUGUUACCUACCCUAAAUUGUUCGUAUAGUGGCAUUCAACUCCUCAGGAAAUAAACUGGUAUAAAAUUUGACCUUCAUGUAAUGGAGAAUCAAAGUGAAUGAAUAUCAUUAUUAUGGACUGGCUGCAUGGUAACUUGGAUACCAAACAAUGAUUCCUGUAAUUGCCGUUACGCUCUCCCGACGUUCUGGGUUUUGAGUGUCAAUAAAUACACCGCAGUUAACCUGCAAGAACCUGCCCAAAUUAUCGACAUGAAAUUCUGUACGAUCUUGUUGACGAUUCAGGUUGUCGGCUGCGCAGCUACGGCCAUCAACGCCCUGACAGAUGGAAGCAGAUGCAUUUCCAACUGCAGUGCCUUGAAUAUAAAAUCGACGAAAGAUGUGAAAAUUAACGCCUCCUUCAUCGAGGUGCCCUCCUACAUCAGUCGUUACCGUCACCUGGAGUUUAAGAACAACUGGGCGCAAAUUAUAAGAAGCAGGCGCCCCCACAACUUGUCUGCGAUGGACGCCGCGGCAGAGACCUCAAGUUCCAACUCGAGGAUAAGCAAAUGGACGCGUCGACCGCUGCGGACGAAACGCUAUCGUGACCACCCGGCCCGCGAUAUUGGCCGUCGAGAUCACUGCCGGGGCUUUACGUAG